AUGAAAUUAUUUUAUAUUUUACUUCUUGUAAAAGUAGUAUUUUUAAAUUUUUUCAUAAAUGCUUCAGAAAUUUCAACAGCAAUUAACAAUAGUACAUUUUCAAAUCAUAAAAAAAAUUCUUUGGCGUUACUAAAUGGUAACACUACAUGGUAUUAUUAUAAACAUUAUACUGUAAUUUCAAAUAUUAUUGAAGGUCAAAAACCUGAUUAUUUAAAUAGUUUAACUCUUGUCUUACAAGUUAGCAAUGAUCAUUAUAUGAAUAGAUUUAAAAAUCAUCUAAUAAAUUGGGAAGGUCUAAUAUCUCUUGGAAUUUUUAUGUUGAAUACUAAAUUGAUAUCAACAGAGACAAAAUGUACAAUAUGUACUAUAAAAUAUUUUCUAAAAAACAGAAAAAAUGUUUCUGUUCAUUUUAUUUUCAGGAAAAAAAUAAAUAUCUCAAAUGAUGAUAUAAUUUAUAUUAAAGAAGCAUCAUAUUGUGAUCAAUUUAAUUUUAAAAAUGGAAUAAAAUCAUGUAUUACUGUUCCUUCAAAGAAUAAAUUAAAAUUUCUACAAUCAUAUCCAAUAAAUAUAUUAAGAAAUGUUGCCAGAAAAUUUUCCCAAUCCAAAUUUUUAGUGAUUUCAGAUUUUGAUCAAAUAUUUUCACCACAUUUUGCAGAAAAAGUAUUACCUGUUGUUAAAAGUGUACAUGCAAAAAAUAAAAAAGCUGUUUUUGUUAUUAGAAAUUUUGAGACAGUCUCAAAAAAUUAUAAAGAUGGCCCAAAAAAUAAGAAACAAUUACAUAAAAUGUUAAAAGAAGGAAAAGCUUUUGUUUUUCAUUAUAGAUGUAUAGUUAAUUUUGGAAUACCAAAAUUAAAAGAAUGGUUUAAGGUGGUAGAUAAUAAUAAAACAUCUAUUCAAUUUCAAGCUAUAUAUGAUCAAGAUGGUUGGGAACCAAAAUUAAUUAUUCCUGAUGAUGCACCAUAUAAUGAUGAAAAUUUUCCUUAUUCAUUUGCUGAUAAUAAUAAUAUAAUGUGGAGUCUUUGUCUUAAGGAAUAUAAAUUUCUUGUAUUAAAUAAUGUAUUUAUAUAUCAUCUUGGAGUUAAACCAGCUGGAGAAUCUAAAGAUAUGGGAAAAUUACGGGAACUUAAUAUGGGAAAAUAUACAUAUGCUCGAAAAUCAUUUCUUCAAAGGCAUGAAAAAAAAUAUUCAAAAAGAUUUGGUAUAUGUAUGAAAAAACCAAAUUUUAAAGAGAAAAACAAAUUACUAAGUGAUAAUAUUUUCAAAACAAAAAAAUCUUAA